GCGCAGGUGGUCGCCAGCGAGGCGGCUUCCCUGGUGCUGGCGCUGGGUUCCCCUUUUCGUGACCCGCCGACCAGGAAGAAACAGAAAUGGAGGACAACGACAAUGAUGAUGAUGAUGGCGAGGGAGAGGACGAGGCCGAUACUGAACCUCGAUUCUCCUCCUUUGGCCGUUGGUCAGACGACGCGCCAGACAGCAAAUUGCGGGACGAUUUCCAACGUCGUCGAGAGAAUCGCAAUGAGCUGGUUGAAGCAUUACGACGUUAUGGGAUGUGGCUUUUGGCGGCGAUUGUCUUACUGCCUCCGCAACUAGUUGCAUUGGGCUUGGUCAUGACGGCAUUUGUAUACUUGUGCAUGAGACGAGACGGCCGGCAGCGUCGUCACGGCAGACGCAACACCGCAGGAUAGACAUUUGGGUUUCCUUUUUUUUUUUUUUUUAUCUUUUUGUUGGAAGUCUUUGUUUUUUCCCUAAACCAGAAAAAGACGCGCAUCCUCAUUGCUAUGGCGUUUUUGGGACAUUUUAGAAAGAAAGAGAACCGGGAAAGACAACAGUCGAUCUUUUGAUUCAUUUGCACAAAACUAACUACUGUCUCGCGGAGGAGCAAAGAGAAAAUAUUCAUUUAUCAGAGCCGGAUGGAAAAGAAGGGGAGAUGAGGGAGGGCCGGCUCGCCUUUUCAUUUUAAAGACUGAAUGGACGACACGCUUGAUGUUGGAAAUAAUGAGUGUCUUGUUUAAAAAGAGGCCGGAUGGGAUCGGGGUGGGCUCAACGUAGUUGCAAUGGCUUUAUAUAGAUGAAUGCGGGUGACCCGUCUUUUCC